AGAAGUACGCGACGUCAGUCAGUCAGUCGAACGAGAAUCGCGCGUGAAUCGUGAAGUCGUUUCCAUCAUCUUUUUUCAUUUUCGAUCAUUCAUUUCGAUUCUAAAUUCUAACAUUUCGCGAUAACCGUUAAUAAUUGCGAUAUUUUCUCAAGUUUUAAUUAAAUAGUAAAUAGUACGAAAUUAAUAAACGCCAAAUUGAUUAUCUUAUUAUGUAUUACGCGAUGAUAAAAUCAUCGGAUUUCUGAUAUAUAAUUUAUAUCUACGAUAAUUUCUUUAGUCUGUAUAAUGUGCUAAAAAAAAGAAUAAAUAUAAUUAAAAAUUAGAAACUAAAACUCUUUAACAAUUGUCAAUCACUGUGUGCAUUAGUAUUUAAAUCUUCAGUGACUUUCGAUCACCCUGUAUAUUGAUAUUUCAGCCCACCUUGUAUAUCUUGUGUGACGGAUAGUGUAACAACGUACAUCAUAUGACUAUUACUAAUCAUGUGACUACUAAUUAUCACGGGAGAAGAAGAAGAAAAAAAGACAAAAGGUGCAAUUCAAAAUAACAGAUUUGUCAUUAAUAUGAAUCUUUCUAUAUACAAGUGUAAAAUUUAUGCUAUAACGAAUUGUUUUUAUAACAUAUCACAUCCUAUUCGAGUAUUAUGAAGCAUUGUUAUAUCAGUUUCUCACUUUUCCUUAUGUGAUUCCACAAAUCUGUUCCUAACUUCAAAAAUUGUAAAUAACAUUUUUGUAGAGAAAUUAUGUCACCUUUAUGUGAUUCCAUAAAUCUUUGAUUAUCAGAAGAUGUUUGUAAGACUGAUACAAUCAUCUUUAAAUAUAAAAAAGAAUAAAUGAUCAUAAUCUGUAUCAUGUGGUUACUGUAUCGUGACUUUGUUGGGUAUAUAGUUAUAGAUUUUCCAAAAGCAGAACCGGUCAUCUGUUCAUCGUGCGCGAGUGACGUAACUGACGCGAGUGAUCACCUAUUCUUCGCGAGAAUAGGAGGAACAAAUAGCGUUUUGUUAGUGACCGAUAAAUGGUGCUCGAUGGUCAGUGCGUAUAUAAGACAUAUGUAUAUAAGACAUCGCAGAUGACCAGCUACUCGCAGCAGUUUAUCUUGCAGCGGUAGAUCCACCACUACAUGCCAAGUGCGCGUGAGCCAACUGAUCGAAUCACCUCAGAAGAAUCAUUAUCAAUGAGUGCUUCGCAAAUUAAAAGACCGAUUAAAAAACACAGAGUCGUAGUUAAAGUAAGAGGAAUCACACAAGUAAAUACGAAGAUCGAAAGUGAAGAAUAAAUAUCCGGAGAGCUUAUACUUCCGUGAGGAAAAAAAAUUUAAUACAAGACUACUGAAGAUUUCAUUCUCAAUUCUCUAAGCGUAUUCACAAAUUAAAAAACCGAUUAAAAAAGAAAAAUCUUUCUAAAAUUUCGAAAAAUCCUUGUAACUUCGGAAAACCAUAAACGUUCAUGGAAAGGAAAUUUGAAGAAAAAAAGAAGCGUACAAAUGUUGAAGUUUUAUUUAACUCCACAUGUGUCUUUGAAUUAAAAGACUAAUUUAAAGAAUGUUUGAUCGAUGGCAAAAAUUCGCAAUAGCGACAGUGAAUAAUGGAUCUCUAUAGACUAUCUUGAACGUCUUUUUGGACAAGAAGUUCAAUAAAAAGAAAUAUGCAAAACAAAUUUUAGAAUAUUAGAAAAUUAUAUAUUAAGAUUUUAUUGAAGAAAUAACGAUCGAGAGUGAAGAGUAAAACUUUUUAAAGAAUCCUGAAUCUUUAUAAAAUAAAUAUAUUUGAUACAAGAAUGUACAAAUGUUGAAUGCUACUGAAGUGUUUAUUCUAAAUAUCUUAAACAGACUACGUUCGUAGUUGUCCCGCUAUUAAACUACUUGAUAUUGAGAUUAGCAUUGUGCAUUAUAGUGAAUCAUGAACGGGAUGAAUGGCAAUGUGUUGAAGAUGGGCGACAAAUCCCCAUCGUUGGAUUGCGGAGAAGAACAAAAUCUAAUACCAUCGACCACACCGACGACGCCGAUAAUCGUGCAAGUGACAAAGAACCCGUACUCUUCCUUGAAGUGCAGGAGUCGAUACCGGGCUGGACCGACGCGGAAGUUGCGUCGUCGCGCCGUCCUGAAGAAUGGCGAUUGCAAUGUGCUGCAAUCGCGCAUCUCCCGGCGAUCGCUGCGUUUUCUGCAGGACAUCUUCACAACCCUAGUGGACACACAGUGGCGUUGGACGCUGUUAUGCUUCAUGUUGAGCUUUCUUCUAUCCUGGCUGGGUUUCGCGGUGAUCUGGUGGCUAAUAGCCUUCACUCACGGUGACUUCGAAGAACAGCAUUUGCCGCCUUUUCAACCGGAGAACAACUGGACGCCAUGCGUCUACAACAUUUUCAGCUUCACUAGCUGUUUCCUCUUUAGUAUCGAAACCCAGCACACCAUCGGAUAUGGCAGCCGUUCUACUACCGAAGAAUGUCCCGAGGCCAUAUUUAUUAUGUGCCUUCAAAGUAUCUCUGGCGUCAUGAUCCAAGCUUUCAUGGUAGGCAUCGUAUUCGCCAAAAUGACUAGGCCAAAACAGCGUACCCAGACUCUGUUAUUUUCGCGAAAUGCCGUGAUCUGUCAACGGGAUGGCGAGCUCUGUCUCAUGUUUCGAGUGGGCGAUAUGAGGAAGAGUCACAUAAUCGGCGCGAGUGUACGCGCACAAAUGAUUCGCAGUAAGACGACCAAGGAGGGCGAAAUUCUGUCUCAACACCAGCACGAAUUGGCGGUAGGUACCGACGGUGAAAACGGCGAUCUGUUUUUCAUCUGGCCGGCCACCAUCAUCCAUCGGAUCAACGAGUCCUCGCCCUUCUACAAUAUGUCCGCCGAAGAUAUGUUGACUGAACGUUUCGAGGUCGUUCUGAUCUUAGAAGGUACUAUCGAGUCUACUGGACAAACUACUCAGGCAAGGUCAAGUUAUCUCCCACAGGAGAUCCUAUGGGGUCACCGUUUCGACCCCAUGGUAAGCUACUCCAAGGAACGACAAGGUUACGAGGUGGACUAUUCGCUGUUUAACAGUACUACUCAGGUUGACACCCCGCUGUGUUCCGGCAAAGAGCUUGCAGAAUUUUAUAAGGCGCAGGAUGAUCUUCGUCACGGAACUGGUGUUCUAAUCGACGAGGAUCGCUUAACGAGAAGAGACUGUAAAUGCAAUUGUCAUCCGACCAACCACCAGUAUCCACAAUUGUCUCUGACACCCUUGGACUGUGCACAGAGCCAUAACAGCACGGAAAAUGAGUAUUAUUGGCAAAAUAUCUGCAAAUGUUCAAAUUGUAUUUUAUACGAGCCUCAAGUCACAAACAUUGGUCAAUCAAAGAUGUUCGAUUUUGACGCCAUUCAGAUAAUAGAAAACGAGGAACUGCAACAACUGCCAGAAGCGGUAAACAGGGAGAUUGUGAAAAACAGCGAGGAGAUUGUCUUUGAGGAGGAGGAAAAAGUCUCAGAGAGGAAUCUGAUUAAAUUGAACGACGUAAAAAGUAAGCUUUUAAGUUAUAAUCAAGAAAUUUUUUUUGGAGAAAGAGAAGAAGACGUUUUGAUCCCAAGAACUGUGGAAAAAGAUAUGAUUAACAGAGAAAAGAAUGCAGAUAAAAAAAAUCAAGAGAGCCUUGAAGAAGAGAAAGAAGAUGCUUCUAUGCGAAAAGCCUUAAUUAAAUUAAAUAAAGACAAAGAUAAAAUUUUGAAGGAUAGUCAGAAGAUUUUUUUUAAAAAAGAAGAAGGAGACUUUUCAGAAAAAUACAUGAUCAGAUUAAAAGAAGACAAGACUGAUAUUCUGAAAAAUAGUAAAGAAAUUAUGUAUGAAGAUACAAAAGACGGCUUUUUAAAAAGAAACAUAAUUUGGUUAAACGAAAAAGGUGCUGAUAACUUAAAAAAUUGCCAGGAAACCAUCUUUAAGCAGGAAAAAGGAAUUUUAGGAAGGAAAUUAGUCAAAUUAGAUAAAGGAAAUGACGAUACCAUAAAAAAUCAUCGUAUUUACGAAAAUGAGCAACUUGCUUUUAUAAAAGUUAAAGAAAGUCCUAAAGAUAUUCGACAUGUAAUUAGGCAUACUUCAUACAAACCUAAAGAGGGAUACAAGAUGAAAAGUAAUGAGUUAGCAAAAAAAGAUUACGAAGUAUGCCUUGAAAAAAGACAAAAACUACACAAUAAACAAUGUCAAUUAAUUAUGCUAGUAAAUCAAGAACAGAAAAAUAUAGAAAAAAAUAUAGAAAAGAAUAUUUGUGUGAAAAGAGAACGAAAUCCUCAAAAAAGGUUUGACAGAAGUUUGAGUGAUGACCUUUUAACAAUAAGUGAUAAAAGAUCUUUCAAAAAACCCAUAAGAAACACGAGUAAUAAAUUGGUUCUAUCAAUAAAUCAAGAUAAUAAAAACUCGAAGAGUGAUCCCUUUUUAAUUGAGGAGCAUACUUCUUCAAAGAAGCAUCAUAGAAGUUUCACUGAUUAUUUUGUCACAACAAACGGUGGAAGAUCAACAGAGAAUGCAAUCAGCAACAUAAAGAACGUUAGAAUAUUGGAAGAAGGUCAAAAGUCUUUGCAGCAAAUUUCCAAGUAUCCUGCAGCAUCUUUAGAUCAUUUAAAUAGCAAUUCAAUUUUUGAUCAGCGAUUAAAUUAUGAUUCUCUUAGAUGGGAAGAUGGUGACUCUCAUUGUCAAAUAAAACAGCAUGAUAACAUUAGAAUCGAGAAUGAGAAAACUCCGAGAAAAUCUUCAUGCCAUCGUCCCGCCAAAAUAGCGAUACAUGACAAACUUUAUUCUAAUGAUAUUCGCUCAUUGGACUCUCCAGUUUACGAUCUUUCACCAGAAUCAGGUUUUUACGAACGUAGUUCGGAGAACAAUUAUAGAGAGCUGUUUACGAGAAAUAUGAAAGAUGUUGUAAACACCAAUUCUGUAGAAAGCAAUCUGUCACGAGAGAACGCAAUAAGCGAUAUUGGUAAUCCAAAAGAAAGUAUUAAAAAUCACAGUGUCGAAGCAAUUGCUAGUAAAAAUAAUAGUGUCAUAGAUAAUGAGAUUAUAGCUUCUUCACCCUUUGAUCCAUCUUUUAAAAGUUCUUUUGAUGACGGCAACAAUCUAACUAAAUGUGGCGAUGCUUCGAUUAUUAAAGAACAAAUUAUAUGUAUAGAAAAUAGAGAACAAAACAUUCAUAAAGCGAACGAAAAAUACAGAUGUCCAAAUACAUCAUCUAGAAAAGUGAUUAGCAAUUUUGAUGAAUUAGAGAAACCUUCUUCGAGUGUCGAAAAACAACUUAUCUGUAGCAAAAACUGCAUUCAAAAUAUUGAUGAAGAUGAGUUGACGACGCAGAGAAAAACGGUUUUUUAAAUAUUAAUACAUCUUAUAAGCAUUUUAUUAGGGAUGUUGAAUGUCCAGAAUGGUUUGACGAUGCCAUUACCGUUGAGAAACAAAUCGACGAGAAAAAAAGUAGAGAUUUUUCAAAUAGCAAUACAUCAUGUGAUAACCAAUGUAGUUACCGACAUUGUUGCUCUAGAUCAUUUGAAACAAUAGAAUAAUAGUGUUUUAACUAAAAAACAAGUUUAUAGCAAUACAGUGAAGAAUAAAAAGCCAAUUUGCAACUUUUCAAACAACAUUACCUCUUAUAAAAAUUUUGUUGAUGAUACUGUUAGUCUCGAUUCAAGACACUGUGAUGAUGAUUUUAUUCCUUAAGAUCAAGUUGUUUACGAAAGCAAAAUUAAUGAAAAUGAUAAUGACAAGCUCAAAAAGCACUAAGGAUUGUUUCGUUUAGAAGGUUUUAUAAAAAUUAAAUUAAUAAUUUUAAAUCAAUUAGUUAUCACCGUACAAUUAAUUACUUUCAAAAAGAUAUUUUUUUCGAAG